AAGUUGGAGCAGUCUCAGCGCCGGCCGCCAUUUUGUGGAGUCGCCGGGAAGGAAGGAGACGCCUAAACCGCGGCACUGCCGGGUUUGAGCGUAGCCAAACCUACCCACUGAUUUUAUAACCCCGAUUCUCUGUGUUUUGCUCCCGUCUCCGACGAGAGAGGCGGCGACGGUGGCGUCUGCGACGGGAGACAGCGCGUCGGAGCGAGAGAGCGCCGCGCCUGCCGCCGCCCCAACAGCGGAGGCGCCGCCGCCAUCGGUCGUCACCAGACCGGAGCCGCAGGCCCUCCCGAGCCCGGCCAUCCGUGCCCCGCUCCCAGAUCUCUAUCCAUUUGGGACCAUGCGCGGAGGCGGCUUUGGGGACCGGGACCGGGAUCGUGACCGUGGAGGAUUCGGAGCAAGAGGUGGUGGUGGCCUUACCCCGAAGAAAUUUGGUAAUCCUGGGGAGCGUUUACGUAAAAAGAAGUGGGAUUUGAGUGAGCUCCCCAAGUUUGAGAAAAACUUUUAUGUGGAACAUCCAGAAGUGGCACGGCUGACUCCAUAUGAGGUUGAUGAACUGCGCCGGAAGAAGGAGAUUACAGUGAGAGGGGGAGAUGUUUGUCCUAAACCUGUGUUUGCCUUCCAUCAUGCUAACUUCCCGCAAUACGUAAUGGAUGUGUUAAUGGAUCAGCACUUCACAGAACCAACUCCGAUCCAGUGCCAGGGAUUUCCGUUGGCUCUUAGUGGCCGGGAUAUGGUGGGCAUUGCUCAGACUGGCUCUGGGAAGACAUUAGCGUAUUUGCUGCCUGCAAUUGUUCAUAUUAACCACCAGCCAUACUUGGAAAGGGGAGACGGUCCAAUCUGUCUAGUUCUAGCUCCUACCAGAGAACUUGCCCAGCAAGUACAGCAGGUGGCUGAUGACUAUGGCAAAUGUUCAAGAUUGAAGAGUACUUGCAUUUAUGGGGGUGCUCCUAAAGGUCCCCAGAUCCGAGACUUGGAGCGAGGUGUUGAGAUCUGUAUAGCUACUCCUGGACGCCUGAUAGAUUUCCUGGAGUCAGGAAAGACAAAUCUUCGCCGAUGUACUUACCUUGUAUUGGAUGAGGCUGACAGAAUGCUUGAUAUGGGUUUUGAACCCCAGAUCCGUAAAAUUGUUGACCAAAUCAGGCCUGAUAGGCAGACAUUGAUGUGGAGUGCAACCUGGCCAAAAGAAGUGAGACAGCUCGCAGAGGACUUCCUUCAUGAUUACACCCAGAUCAAUGUAGGCAAUCUGGAGUUGAGUGCCAACCACAACAUCCUCCAGAUUGUGGAUGUCUGCAUGGAAAGUGAAAAAGACCACAAGUUGAUUCAACUCAUGGAGGAAAUAAUGGCUGAAAAGGAAAAUAAGACAAUAAUAUUUGUAGAGACAAAGAGACGCUGUGAUGACCUCACUCGAAGGAUGCGCAGGGAUGGUUGGCCAGCUAUGUGUAUCCAUGGAGACAAGAGUCAACCAGAAAGAGAUUGGGUGCUUAAUGAGUUUCGUUCUGGAAAGGCUCCCAUCCUCAUUGCCACAGAUGUAGCCUCCCGUGGGCUAGAUGUGGAAGAUGUCAAGUUUGUGAUCAACUAUGACUAUCCAAACAGCUCAGAGGAUUAUGUGCACCGCAUUGGCCGAACAGCCCGUAGCACCAACAAGGGCACUGCCUACACCUUCUUCACCCCAGGAAACCUCAAGCAGGCCCGAGAGUUGAUCAGAGUGCUGGAAGAAGCUAAUCAGGCUAUCAAUCCAAAACUGAUGCAGCUGGUGGACCACAGAGGAGGCGGCGGAGGAGGGGGUAAGGGAGGUCGUUCUCGAUACCGGACCACUUCUUCAGCCAACAAUCCCAAUCUGAUGUAUCAGGAUGAGUGUGACCGGAGGCUUCGAGGAGUCAAGGAUGGUGGCCGGAGAGACUCUACAAGCUAUCGGGAUCGUAGUGAAACCGAUAGAGCUGGUUAUGCUAACGGCAGUGGCUAUGGAAGUCCAAAUUCUGCCUUUGGAGCACAAGCAGGCCAAUACACCUAUGGUCAAGGCACCUAUGGUGCAGCUGCUUAUGGCACCAGUGGCUAUACAGCCCAGGAAUAUGGCGCUGGCACUUACGGGGCUAGUAGCACCACCUCAACUGGGAGAAGUUCACAGAGCUCUAGCCAGCAGUUUAGUGGGAUAGGCCGGUCUGGGCAGCAGCCACAGCCACUGAUGUCACAACAGUUUGCACAGCCUCCAGGAGCUACCAAUAUGAUAGGUUACAUGGGGCAGACUGCCUACCAGUACCCCCCUCCUCCUCCUCCCCCUCCUCCUUCACGUAAAUGAAACCACUCAAGUGGUAGUGACUUGUGCAGACUUGCUACAUUUAAAGGAACGCUGUCUUUUCUUUCUUUUCUGUUUCCCCUCUCUUUCUAUUUUAUUUUUCCCUCCAACCAUUGUGAUUUGUCUUUCAUGCAGAUUAGUUAGAAUUCACUGCCAGGUUUCUUCUGCCCGCCAAAUUGAUCCAGUCUGUAAUAAUAGAUUUUGUAAAAAAAAAUAUAUAUAUAGCUGACUGGAAAAGAUCCCCCCUCCCCCAACUUCUUGCAUGUUGAGGAUAUUUGAGCUAUUUUUCAUCUUUAAAGAAAAAGCAAGCUAUUAGGCCCUUUUGUUGGGAGCCCUUUUUUGUUGUCCUGAGUUGGGGCUGGGUGGGGAGGGUAAAGGGUUGAAUUGUGCAGAAGAAGAUGGCAUCUGUGCUUUAAAUUGCUCUCAUUGCUGAGUUAGAAACCAAGAGGGAGUUCCCUGCACAUUUUCCAUAAUGCUUUUUAAUGUUUCCCAAGCUGGAACAGGGUUCGUCAGGCCUGAUGAGUUUUAAGACAGUGAUUUGCCAUUGUCAUUUUGGCUGAUUGCUUUUUAAGUGCAUUCACAGCUUUAAAAAAUUCUUAAUUGGUUUUGUCUCCUUUACACUCUGCCCUCCCCCUUCCCAGUGACUGAAAAAUAACCAUUUUAGUGUCAGGUUAGAAAUUGAAUUGCCAUGUCUGAGUAUUUUAAGUGUAACUUUUAAAACCCCAAGUGUUCAUUGCAAUGGUUAAAUGUAGCAUCUCAGCACCUGGGUGGAAGCUGCCUGUUUUUCUUCCCCAUAUAAACAGGGACCAUCAUUGAAAUUCAUUUUUUAACCAGACAGCAGCUGUGAGCAGAAUGAACAUAAAUGCUCACUGGAAAUUUACUUUAUUAACCAGUUAAGUAUGCUUUCACCUGCAGUGUAAAAAUCACCUUUAAUUGUAAACAAUAUACUCAGUGGGCAGAUUUUCUUUUUAAACUCUGUAGAGCUAGAAUAAAAGCAACUCUUUGCUAGCAACCCAGCCCUUUUGGCCAGGUUACCUUGAAUAAAGAAUUUUGAGGGUUUGUUAAGAAAGAACUCUUAUUCUCUUCAUACUCUGUUCUCUGCAGUGCUUUGUAACAGCUUUUGGAUGCAAAUUUUCCUCGGCAUCCUUUUGCACUCAGCUUUUUACAGGUAGGUAGUGCUUAAGAAAAGUUAGAGGACUAAAGCCUGUCCUUUUACUUUUCCUCCAUCUGAAGGUAGGUGAGUCUGUCCCCUGCAUAGUAAUAAUGUUGACUGUUUGGCUAAGACUUUCUAUAACAGAUCUGUGAAGAAUUUUCUGCUCCUUGUGUUCACUACAACAGGGCAGGGAGAUGAGACAGCCUCAGAAACCUCUUCCACUUCUAAUGCAAGACAGUAUUUAAUGCUGUCGUUAGUAUUGUUUAUUCACAAUGUAGUUAAAGGGGGAAGGCUCCUGCGUUGUUUGGCUAAGGCCUGAGAGUGCUUGCUGGUUUGUAAGAUCAAAUAUCUAAAUACUUGAGGUUUUUUGUUUUUGUUUUCCUUUUGAAAUUCUUCAGGGAGAGAGAAGGGAUUGUUUCUGAGGGGUUCUGAAAGUUUGGUUGAAUGUGCAGCAUACAGGUAGGUUGUCAGCAUAAGUUGAAAUAUGUACAUCUGAAAACUUUGACAUCUCCCCUCCCCUCUUUCUUCUUCCUUAACUUCUCUUUUUUUCCCCUUUAUAGAAGUUGAGGCUGAGGGAGGGAGGACAGUGGGCACAGGAAAACAUGGCAAAACUGCUUUGUGCUUUCAAACCAAAGUGUCUUCCCCUCAAAAAAAAUUUUUUAAGCACUGACCACCGGUUUGUUGUAGACAUUUUUACAUCCAGAAUUCUGUUUUGUUUUGCUUUCUUUAAACAGGUGCCACCAGAGGGACUGUUAUACUCUUUGCAGGUCUUAAAGGCAUCCCUUUUUGGGAGAGGUCUCUGGGCAAGAAAGUGGUAGUUUGCUGCUUGCCUCUCUUCCACCAGGGAUGUUAAUACAGUCAAAAAAAAAAGCGUGUUCCAAAUCUCAAAAACUAUUGUAGCCUGAGUACAGCUGAAAUCUAGCAGAGUUUUUCUUUCAGCUAUAGAGUAACUCUGCCUCCCAUGUCUGUUGCUCAUGAUUCAGGUUCUGCCUUUGCUUCAGAACAUGAGCAGAAGAGAUCUCAUUUGAUGCUGGGUUUUGUGGUCAUGGUUAAAACUCAUUUAGGGAAAGGAUUUUGAUACUAAGCUAUGGGGCUGCUUCUCCCCAAUCCCUCCCCAACAAUUCAUGUGUGGAGUUCUCUCAUCUAAAAGGUUGGUGGCUUUUGCUUGGGAUCAGUGCUCUCUAUUCGUGUCCUUGCUGGUCUCUGAACACAUUCCUGUUGCGUUAAGACUUGAAAGAAAUGUAGAUGUGUGAUGUUCAGGCACAGGAUGCUAAGAGCUAUGUUGUUAUUCUUAGUUUGUAAAUUGUCCUUUUGAUACCAUCUUGUUUUCUUUUGUAGGUAUAAAUAAACACUGUUGACAAUAA